AUGCUUUUAGACUUUUACGAAGCUCAAGGCUCAAUGCGCUGCUCAAGGCAAGGGCUUCAUGCUCAGUCAAAGUGCUUUGAUGGCGCUUUGGUCUGGAGGCCCUGGAAGCGACACAUUCACUUUCAGCUACUCUGGAAAUGCUCCGCUGAGUUGCAGCCCCUUCAGGGCAGUAUGCUGGUGCCGCAGUUGCUGUUGCCUGCGCUUGUGAUUACGGCUACCAAGAAGGUGCGCCCUGCUCCACCAAGUCGACGGAAGGCAAGAAGCACUGGCGCUGCCCAGAAAUCCCAGAAGCAUCACAAGCGCUGUGGCGGGGUGGACGUAAUGGAAAUUUCAGUGAAAACCGAUCAGCCAAAUGCUGUCAUCGAACUGCUGCUCGGGUUUGGAGCUAGUUCUGCCUCUUCCAUGGAGGCAGUCACAGAGUCGGCGACAUCAGCAAUAGUAAUUGCACACUUCGAGGGUCCACCCGCGGCUCUAGCCAACCUGGAUCUAGCACACAUGGGAUCCAUCAUACAGGUGGCACUGGAUUUGCCCAGCGCGCCUGUCUUGGCUAGCCGCUUGCUGGGUGGCGCCUGGAGUGAGUACUUCCCUCUGUCCGAGUCCAUUGAAGUCCGCUUACCCUGCCAUGAUGGACCAGGUGGUGGCAUGCUGAGUGAAGCAGGGAGACGCGUGCUGCGCUUGGAGGGUGGCGUGGCAUUUGGGGCAGGUGAUCAUCCAACUACAAGGGGUGUGGCAGCUUUCCUGGAAGGCGUGCUGUCAAGGUCAGGCAGCCCGCCCAGCCUUCGACUUUUGGAUUAUGGAACUGGAUCUGGAGUGCUAUCAAUAUGUGCUUGGAUGCUUGGGGCAAGAUACACGCUGGGCGUGGACAUCGACACAAGCGCCAUCGCAUCUGCCACGCGAAGUCUUGCGCUGAAUGAAGCAGUGGCUGCAUCUGACAACUCUGGGACAGUCGACUUCAGUCUUGUCUCUGCCUCUCCGGAGGAGGCUGCAGAACAGAUUUCAGAUGUGGUGAAGGAGGAUGGGCCGUUUGACAUUGUCGUGGCCAAUAUAUUGUACGAACCGCUCCUGCAGCUCGUGGACACACUGGCUUGCGCUGCAGCACCGGCUGGGAAACUCUGCCUGUCGGGUGUGCGCAGCCUUCCGGAUUUAUCUGCCGUGGAAGCACUUCAAGUGGCAUAUUCGAAGCAUUUCACGAACUUCCAGAUAACAGAUGCUGGUGCCGGAUGGUGCGUCGUAACAGCCGAAAAACUGCAGCUGCAUGUGGCAAUCAGAACCAUGGACUGCUCAAGCGUUCUACAACACAGGUGUGUGCAGACAAUGGGCUUGCAUCCCCAGCUCAAUGAUUCACCGCCCAUAUCCGCCAAAACCCAGGCUCGAAGCUGCUCAGAGAAUGCCUUAUAUAGAUCCAUCGAACUUGUCCAUGUAAUGUCGAGAAGUCAUGCAACUUGCGAUGACACAAACUCCGCACAAGUCUACUGGGCAGUAUUUCGUCGAACGGAGGCAACGUUCUCUGUUCACCUGUCUGAUAUAUGCAAGAGACCACGAGGCGCUGCCGGCGACAUGUGGUGA